CGCAAUUAAUCCGGGGUUAAACUUGUUUAACCGAAUUGAAUCGAUUCGCGACGCUGGUCGAAUCUAGGCCUCAUGACUCAGUGUCAUCCUUAUACACUUCUCGGGCGAACAGAGUUCUCCGAGAGUCAUGAUCAAGGAUUCUUCACAGUACCUUUGUGUCAAUACCUUUGACAGUGAUGAUGAGGAGAAGUCAUUUGAUGAUGCUCGUCCCAAGUCGCAUAUCCUUCGCAUGCGGCCUAUGUUGAGCCAUGGCGCGUUGAUAUGCACGUCGCUGCUCUUUUUCGCACUGUGGAUGGGCACGCCUUCGCCCCACCUGCGUGACGACAUUCCUGUAUACUCUCCAGCAAUUGUUGCUGUCGAGCCCGUGAUUUUAAGGUUUAACGGAUCCCUCGACUUUCCUUCUAUCUAUCGUGGCUCUCCUUCUCCCGAACUUGAUGCCGCUUGGGACAGGAUAGCUGGCGAUGUGCUACCGACUCGAAUGUCGCUUGAGGAAAUUCUCAAAGCCGGCGACGUAGAUUCACCUUCCAAGGUCAAGUAUCCAGCUAAAUUGGAUGGAGAUUUUAUGGUAUCUAUGGAAGCCCCUCACCAACUCCAUUGUCUGAAUUUACUUCGCAAAGCCUCGUGGCCCGAGUAUUACAGGCACACAGAUAUUUCGUUCCAGGACGAGCCCGAAGUAGUCCGCAUGCAUCUUGACCAUUGCAUUGAAAUGAUCAGACAGAAUAUCAUGUGCAAUGCCGACGUGACGAUGAUAACAUGGGACUGGGUUCAGGGACACAAUAUCCCGUACCCUAAUUUCAACAACCGUCACCAAUGCAGGAACUACGAGAAAAUCUUGGACUGGGCUGACAAGCACGCUGUUCAUAUCGAUUCAUCUGAGGUUACUCGCCUCGACGAUACGAUUGAGCUCCCCUUACCCUUCUAUCCGGGGAGCCUUGGUGUGUAA